CCCUCGUACUUUAUUCAAUAAAACCGCCGGUCGAUCACCGUAUCACAAACAAUCGUCAUUGCUCCGGCCUCUGUUUGGAAUAUUUGCUCCAGUAAAUACUCUCAUUCUCUCCCAGACUGCCACGUGUCCUCCCUCUUUCCUUCAUUGCUCCUCCGUCUUCUUCGCUUUUCCUCACACUCUCUCUCCCUCUGUUUCUCUCGAAUACAAACCCGUAAUGGCUCUCUAUUCCCAGCAUGGCCGUCAAAUCCAGUAAGCCUAUUUCUCUCCUCUUUUCAAUACUUUAACGCAUCAAACUCAUUAUUCUGCGUUCUGGGUUCAAGAGAUAAUGUGGUUUGAAAUGAGAAUGAAGGUGGUGGAAGGUUUGUGACUUGAAAACAAAAUAAAGUGUUUCCUUGGGUUUGUGUUUUGUAUGGUUUUUAGAGGAAGUGAACGAUAUGUCUAGUAGUUUUGAUACAGUAAGAGGAACCCCACCUGGGAUUUCAUUGAUCAGAAGCAUUAGAGGGAAAGAUUGGAGAUUCUCUACAUAUAGAUAUGUUGUUUUGCUUCUUACUUUUGUUGCUUACACCAGCUACCAUGCUUCAAGAAAACCCAGCAGUAUAGUCAAAAGUGUAUUGUAUCCUGAACCCGCCAAGAAAGACAAUGGCUUGGUCCUCCCCUGGCUUGGCCAGGUCUUUAUCAAGACACAUUAUGUGGGGAAUGAUACUCAUAAUUUUCAUAGGUUGAGAGACAAGGGUUGGGCUCCUUUUAAUAGCAAGGAUGGGACGACGAAAUUGGGUGAGAUUGAUGUUGCUUUUUUAGCAUGUUACUCAUUAGGAAUGUAUGUUGCUGGGCAUUUGGGCGAUACGCUGGACCUAAGAUUGUUCUUGACAUGUGGGAUGAUUGGGAGUGGCGUUUUCGUAGCGCUGUUUGGAAUGGGGUACUUUUGGGACAUUCAUGUGUUUGGAUUCUAUCUGGGAAUGCAGAUGGUUGCAGGGCUGUUCCAAGCAACAGGUUGGCCUUCUGUUGUUGCUGUGAUUGGGAAUUGGUUUGGGAAGGGGAAGAGGGGCUUGAUAAUGGGGAUAUGGAAUGCACAUACUUCGGUUGGGAAUAUUAGCGGCUCGCUGCUCGCUGCUAGUGUUCUGGACUAUGGUUGGGGUUGGUGUUUUAUAGUUCCCGGCGCGUUUAUUGCAUUGGGGGGAAUACUUGUUUUCUUGUUAUUGCCUGCAUAUCCUGAAGAUAUUGGAUUUUCUAGUCCACAUGGUUCAGCUUCGAGUUUGGAGGCAGUUCCUACUGAUGUAGAAGCUAAUGUGGGAAAAGGAAUUCGGGUGGAGAGUGAAACAAAUAUAUCAAGAGCUGGGUCUGUGACUAGGACCGGUGUUGGUCUUCUUGAAGCUUGUGCCAUACCAGGAGUUAUACCCUUUGCGUUGUGCCUCUUCUUUGCAAAGCUCGUAGCCUACACAUUUUUGUACUGGCUACCAUUUUAUUUAAGUCAGACAGAAAUUGGAGGAGAGUAUGUUUCUGUGAAAUCUGCUGGUAAUCUCUCUACUUUGUUUGAUGUUGGGGGCAUAGUUGGUGGAAUCCUUGCCGGCUACAUAUCCGAUAAACUUAAUGCUCGAGCUACUACAGCAGCCUGCUUCAUGUAUGCUGCAAUUCCAGCAAUGCUUUUAUAUCGCAGAUAUGGGAGUAUUUCACACAAUAUCAACAUUGUGCUUAUGAUGGUUGCUGGAUUGUUUAUUAAUGGGCCGUAUGCACUUAUCACUACUGCAGUUUCUGCAGACCUUGGGACACACAGUUCGCUUAGAGGUAAUUCGCGAGCAUUGGCAACAGUUACUGCCAUUAUUGAUGGUACUGGAUCAGUUGGUGCUGCUUUUGGUCCUCUUCUUACUGGUUUCCUUUCAACAAAGGGAUGGGAUGCAGUAUUCGUGAUGCUUAUGGUUUGUGCUCUUAUAGCCGGGCUUCUAUUAUCACGUUUGGUUAUCUCUGAAAUUUCUGAGAAGACUUCUAAACCGCCUGUGUCCAGUGGGCAACAGAAUUUCAAAGCUCCUGCAUCACAACCACUUUUAAGUGAUCAACGAUGAUACUAAGUCUGCAGAAGCUUCAUCAGAUGCUGGAGAUAACAAAAAGUUCACUAUAGUGAGACAUCCAAGCUUAACAAGGUUCCUUGUACUCUCGAGUAAAAGUUAUAUUUUGGCCGUACUACAAAAAAGAAAAAAGAAAAAAAGAAAGCGCAUCACUAUAUGUCAAAUCUGCAUUGGCUCCAGAAGUAGUUUUUAGCACCCUUUUUGGUGUUCACCGUCUGUAAUAUAUGUAGAUACUUAGUUACUUACAAGCAACAUUCAGAUUUUGUGUACUUUGGGUCAGUUGUCCUCUUCAAGUAGGACUUUGUCUUUGAAAUAAUUAAUGCUGAUGACUGAGAAUAUAUGUUUGCUCGAUGGCACUGCAUUUCAAA